AUGGGCAAGCUGGACUACUAUUUUGAGGAGGAUUCCGGCUGGAGUCUAAGCCGCGAGGAGCUGAAGCGCUCCUUCGAUGAGGCCAAGAGGUCGUGCAAUACAUGCGCUCUGGUCGUCAUCAAUCCGGGCAAUCCCACCGGUCAAGUGCUAACCUGCGAUAACAAUGAUAACGGGCUGAUUCUGCUGUCCGAUGAGGUGUACCAGGACAACGUUUACGACAAGAACUCCAAGUUCUACUCGUUUAAGAAGGUCGCCUACGAGAUGGGUGAGCCCUACUGCAGCCAAUAUCUGGUCAGCUUCCCUUCCACAUCAAAGGGUUUCCUCGGCGAGUGCGGCAUUCGUGGCGGGACCGGCGAGCCCUCCUACGAUCUAUUUCAAAAAGAGAAGAGCGCCACCCUAGCGGCCGUCAAGGAGCGCGCAGAGCUUGUCCACAAGACGCUCAGCAGUUUCGAGGGCUACAAGGUGAACCCCGUCCAGAGGCCAAUGCACGUGUUUCCCCAGAUCGAGAUCCCACCCAAAACGAUCCCGGUAGCCAAGGCCAGGGGCAUGGCUCCCAAUGCCAUGAUCCUGCCGCAGGCGGACAGGCUGAAACUGAUGAUAGAGUUCAAUUUUAUGAAGAAGUACAAAUAG